AUGAAGUCUCGUUUGUGUGCCCUCUUGAUAUUGUAUAUGUUGCUGAAUGGGCACUCAGUGAAGUGCACGGCGGCUGUGGGUCAGGGACAGGGAACUGGAGUAUCAACUGAUCAAGGUGUCUCGUCACAGCACACUGCUAACUCUGCAGGUCAAGGAAUUGGCUCUUCCACUGGCUCUACUGGUGUCCCUCAAUCUAGACCACAAAGUGGGGGCGGAGAUACAGGAACCCAAGGAGGCCAACAAGACAGAGCAAGUGGAACUAGUGCAACACAUGUACCUGUAGUACCACAGAAUGGGCAUGUUCAGUCUAAUCCACCACCUUCAACAUCAAGUGGUGGUCCAAAUGGAGGCGGUGGAGCUUCCAUUACUCAAAAUGUUCAACAAGCGAAUCUUCAAGCAGGUUCCGAUACCCAAGUAGCUGCCACCCCCUCCGAGAGCUUCACAAAUCCCAUUCAGGUAAAAGCGUCGUUGCUGAGGGACCAGAAGGGGCUCAAGAUCACAGGUCCUUGCAAGUCCUACUUUCAAGUGUAUCUCGUGCCCUACCUCUACUUGAACGUUAACGCAAAGGAGAGCGAAAUCGAAAUGGAUCCCAUGUUCAUGAAGGUGGACGACAAGAUCAAAUUUGAGAAGGAGAAACACCUCCUGAACAACAUCUGUGAAGACAAUAAAACGUUUAAGCUAGUCGUGUACAUGUAUGAAGGAGAGCUGACCAUCAAGUGGAAGGUCUAUCCUCCCAAGGGGGAGACAAGCUCCGACAAAACGCUGGACAUUAGGAAGUACAAAAUGAAGGACAUCGGCCAGCCUAUCACCUCCAUGCAGGUGGUGGUGAUGAGCGAACUGAAUAAGACCAUCUACAUGGAGAGCAAAAACUUCGCCGUGAUGAACCAAAUUCCAGAGAAGUGUGAUGCGAUUGCCAACGAGUGCUUCCUUAGCGGUGUGCUGGACGUCCAGAAGUGCUACCAUUGUACUCUGUUGCUGCAGAAGAAGGAAAACGCUGAGGAAUGCUUCAAAUUUGUCUCCCCCACGAUUAAAAACCGAUUUGAAGAUAUACAGACGAAGGGAGAAGACGAGGAGAACCCAAAUGUAGUGGAGCUGGAAGAAACUAUUGAUCUCCUUUUAAAUAAAAUUUACAAAAAUGGGGAAGGAGAAAGUAACGAGGUGGAUCAGCUAGCCAUUAUAGACUCCUCCUUUCAGUCCGACCUGUUGAAGUACUGCUCAUUAAUGAAGGAGGUAGACACCAGCGGGUCUCUAGACAACCACCAGCUGGGCGACGCCGAGGAUGUAUUCGCCAAUUUGACACACCUCUUGCAGAGUAACAGCGACCAUGAUGUGCCAUCCUUAAAGAACAAACUAAAGAGUCCCGCCAUAUGCUUAAAGAAUGUAGGUCACUGGGUUGGAAGCAAAACUGGAUUGGUACUUCCCACCCUGGAGUAUAGCACCUCGCAGGAUAACGCGGAAUCGUUUGAUGAAGGCGAGGAAGAUACUUCCAAUUCGACUACCACACAAAGUGCUGAUGUGCAUCCCUUAAACGUCUCAGAUAAGCUCUUCUGCAAUGAUGAAUACUGCGAUAGGGCGAAGGACAGCAGUAGCUGCAUUGCCAAAAUUGAGGCAGGGGACCAGGGCGACUGCUCUACUUCUUGGUUGUUCGCCUCCAAGGUGCAUCUGGAAGCCAUCAAGUGCAUGAAGGGGCACGACCACGUCGCAAGUUCGGCCCUCUACGUGGCUAACUGUUCCGGUAAAGAAGCGAAUGACAAAUGUCACGCGGCUUCUAAUCCGCUAGAAUUUUUGAACACCCUGGAGGAGACCAAAUUUUUGGCAGCCGAGUCUGACCUACCAUACUCCUACAAAGCGGUGAAUAACGCGUGCCCCGAGCCGAAGAGCCACUGGAAAAACCUUUGGGAAAACGUGAAACUUCUAGACCCCACGAAUGAACCCAACUCGGUAAGUACCAAGGGGUACACAGCAUACCAGAGCGACCACUUCAAAGGCAACAUGGACGCGUUUAUUAAGCUUGUAAAAUCCGAAGUGAUGAAAAAGGGAUCUGCAAUCGCCUAUGUGAAGGCACAAGGAGCACUCAGCUACGACCUGAACGGGAAGAAGGUGCAAAGUCUCUGUGGAGGUGAAACGCCCGACCUCGCUGUCAACAUAGUGGGUUAUGGAAACUACAUCACCGCUGAAGGGCAGAAGAAAUCCUACUGGCUGCUGCAAAACAGCUGGGGAAAGCACUGGGGAGAUGACGGCAACUUCAAGGUCGACAUGCAUGGACCGGAUCACUGCCAGAAUAACUUCAUCCACACCGCUGCUGUCUUCAAUCUGGACGUCCCCGUGGUCGCUCCCGCACCGAGUAGCGACCCAGAAAUAAAUGACUACUAUAUGAAGAACUCCCCCGAUUUCUUCAGUAACUUUUAUUUUAAUAAAUACGAGGCGGAGAAGGCCAAUGGGUUAGGCGAAGAAAAGGGACCUGUCAAUAACUCAGUGCUGUAUGGUCAAUCGGGGGAAGAAACAUCAGCGUUACCGGCAUCGGUAGGUGAUCAAUCUGGCAAAGUAGUAGCACAAACAGCCGAAGGAUUGGGCGCUCAACAAGGAUCAGGAGGAGGAUUAGGAGCAGCAGCAGGGCCAACAGGACAAGAAGGAGUAGGAGUAGCAGCACCAGGGGGAAGAGGAACAGGAGGAGAAGCAAUAGCAGCAGCAGCAGUAGUAGUAGUAGGAGGAGGAGGAUCAGGAUCAGCAGGAGAAAGAGGAACAGGAGUAGGAGUAGCACCAGGAGUAGGAGCAGCAGGAAGAUCAGUAGGAGAAGGACAACAGUUACCAGCAGGGGCUGCAUCACCUGGAACAGGAACUCAACAUGUCGGAGGGUCUGUCUCUGGAGGCACAAAUUCAGGGAAUGGCGCAACAGGAAAUAGCGGUCCAAAUACGCAACGUGGACAGGUCAGUCAAACCGUUAAUGAAGCCGCUCCCUCCACCGUGGAGAAACCUAAAUCAAUCGACUCAACGGGCGUAAUCAGUGAAGGCAUAACAGGAGUAUUCCACUUUUUGAAGAAUGUAAAAAAAGGAAAAGUGUCUAGCAACUUUGUGACGUACGAUAAUACGAAGGCCAUCGGCGAUAAGGCAUGUUCCAGAGUGCAGUCCUCAGACGUAGAUAAGCUGGAUGACUGUGUUAAAUUUUGUGAGGCGAACUGGAAUGAAUGCAAGGGUAAGGUAUCGCCUGGUUACUGUCUAACGAAGAAGAAGGGAAACAACGACUGCUUCUUCUGCUUUGUGUAG